AUAAGUACAUCCGCGGAUACUCAAAUCGUUCAGUCGGAACGUUGUCGUGAGCUAAAAAAAUUGUCAUUGUGGUUUUACCUAAUUAUUCGCCUAUAUUUACAAAACUUCUAUCGAAUUCUUGACUUUGUUCUGUGAUGGUAAUAGACACUGUUUUGAAAACACAAACACCUUUUAAUUUUUUAUGUGUUGGCAAUCGUAUUACUUAGCUUUGAAUAAUUUAUACCGCGAUGUCUUUUAAAAAAAAAGUUCAGUUUUGUACUAAAUCCCAUUUAGAAUGUAGUUCGAAUGAGGAGUCUCCGGCAACCACUGAAAAUUGUAAACAAACGGAUUCGGAGUUGAAAAGUCUACCCUCUCCACACAAAGGAAAUACAUUGACCCGGACGGAGGGCGACACUGGCUCUUCCGGCCGCCACCAAUUAACUGAAGCCAAACCUUUGGAUAGUGAAUAUAAUUUACAUACUAAACCAAAUAACAAUAUUAUCGUAAGUGGGACAAGAGCGCUUGAGAAAAGUAACGGCAAUGUACGGCAACGAUCCAUACUGCAGACUUGGACGUCAUUCGCAGUCCCGGAAGGCUUGGCGAUGGACCCGCUGGCGCCGGCGCCGCUGGCAGUCUCCACGGAGUUCAUGGAGCGCAUCGGCUCCGGGCUCUCCCUGCUUAGGGACCAUGGGAAGAAAGUUCAUAAGUACGUAUGGAAAAACAGAAGGUUUGACAUUCUCAAAAGAUCAUGGAAAUCUACAGUGAAUGUAACAUUAGUCGAUGCCAAAGACUUACCGUAUGGGCCCGCUAGCGGCUCCAAUGGACUCUAUUGCAAAUUUAAAUUAGGUAACGAAACUCACAAAUCGAAACAAGUUCCAAAAUCUAAACCGACUUGGUGCGAGAGGUUCAACCUGUACCAGUACGACGACCACAACUUGGAAGUGACCGUGUGGCACAAAGGAAAACAAAAGAAUUUUAUGGGCCGAUGUACCAUCGACCUCUCGCGGCUCGAGCGCGAACGCACCCACGAGCUCUGGCAGGAGCUGGAGUGCGGCUACGGCACCCUGCACCUGCUUGUCACGCUAAGCGGGCCGGCCAGGGGCGUCCCGCUCGACAGCGUGCCCACCACGCGCUGCCAACACCACGUCACGCCGCCGGAGAACAAAUAUACCUGGUACCGCCUGGACAACGACUGGAACGAAGUGGGCCAGCUGUCGGUGACGGUGUACGGGGCGCGAGGGCUCAGCGCGCUCGGCAUCAGCGGCAAGGCCGACGCCUACUGCGUGCUGGAGCUCGACAACGCCCGCGUGCAGACGCACACUGUAGCCGGCACGUCAGAACCCAUGUGGAACAAGAGUUACACUUUUGGCGUAAAUGACAUCACCUCUACAUUAGACAUCACAGUAUACGACGAAUCUUUCAUCAAUGGUAUGAAAGGUGAAACGCUGGGAAAGAUCUCUAUCCCUCUACUACGGAUCAACAACGAUGAGAAAAGAUGGUACGCGUUGAAAAAUCGCUCGAAAAUGGCCAGCGCUAAAGGAAACUGCCCAAGGAUCCUUGUAGAAAUGUCUAUUGCGUGGAAUCCGAUCAAAGCAUCUCUACGAGUAUUAAGCCCAAAGGAAACCAAAUAUAUACAGAAGCCAGCCAAAUUUGACAUUCCAUUGAUAUAUAGUAAUUUAGUAUUUAUCAAAGAUAUCUUCCAUAUAAUUUACCUCGGUAACGAACAGUACAAAGUUUUGUUCGAGUGGGAGAAUCGCGAGCGGUCGGUGGUGGCGCUGGCCGUGUGGCUGGGCUUCUGGUACUGCUUCCAGGCGUGGAUGCUGCCGCUGAUGGUGCUCGCCGCCUUCCUGUAUCACUGGACUGGGUACCGAAGUUGCAAUAAUAAUGCUCUAGUUCCUGUAUAUACGUCAGAUGACGAUUUAUCAGAUGAAGAAAUUGAUACGCAAAAGGAUGACAUGACGAUAAAGGCGCGAUUGUACGAGCUGCAAGAUCUCACGUUUACCACCAAGAACAGCAUCGACUACAUCGUGUCGCUUAUCGAGAGAAUGAAAAACUUAAUAUUCUUUACCGUCCCGUAUCUGAGCUACCUGGCUAUGAUAUUGCUGAUCUCCACAUCAGUGGCUCUGUACCUGGUGCCAGUCAACUACUUAUUCAUGGUCUUAGGUGUCUAUAAGUUCACGCGGAAGCUGCUCAAUCCUGAAAGAGUUCCUAACAACGAUCUUCUAGACUUCUUGUCUCGGGUGCCGGAUGACAAAGAACUGAAGGAAUGGCGGGAGCUAAAAGUUCCUGAGCCAAAUUUGAACAGACAAGGUUCCAUAAUAAAGAGGAGGUGAUAAGCCAGCGAUAGGGCGUUUCCGCCUUACGGCUCAGCCACGACAUUGGUCUAAGCGCGACAGCGGUGAGCGGCGGCCAUACAUUGGAGCGAGACACAGCGAUGGGACUUUUCAUUCGCACGUAUGGCUGCCGCUCACCGCUGUCGCGCUUAGACCAAUGUCGUGGCUGGGCCGUUACGGUCGAGUACAUGGUGCCAUAGACUUAACGGAGAGGUGGUUACAAGGCUGAAGACUGUUCGGCGACAUUAUAUCGAAGGCUCGGCGAAACGCACGUCAUUAUAAAAUCAUCAUUUAGGACCCAUUUAUGAAUGGCAAUUGUUCGUACAGUCUAAGAGCUGGUAAAUGGUAUCUAUAUCUAAACUAACGGCAAAGAGCGGUUGUCAAAAAAGGUGUAAACUAUACUCAUGUCUUCAAAAUAUCAAUGACUUGUUGGGCUCAUUGAACUUAGAAUGAAAAAAAAACAUGAGUGCCAAAAUGUUGUAUGAAAUGAUACUUAAUUAUCAAGUGCAUCACGAGCUUCCGUAAAAAAAGUUACGGGUUGGAAAUUUGUUUUCAAGUAGAUAAGGCCUGAAAACACAAACGAUUCUGAAUAAGUCCAAAAUUCAACAAUUUGAAAUCUUCUUUUUCUGAAAAAUCUGUACGGAACAAGGUAUUUUUUUCUAAAUGUCGGGCGUUUAUCCGAGCAUGAUCAUAUCGUAACAGAUCUACUUUAGCCGAAUAUAGGUGUAAUGCAAAUUGUGAUUCUAGUUUAUUUAAUGGAUUAAGUAAAGCAAUUUUUAUGACGUUA